AUGCCGUUCGAGUUAACUGAAGUUGUUCCAGUGUCUGAUUCACGUUCAAAAACGAAAUCGGCUGAGAACAAAUCCAUCUUUUUUAUGAAACAUAGUCUCACCGAACGUAAACAACUUCACUUUCGCUGUCGUCGCGUCAAUGAUGUAAUGUGUGUCAUCGCUCUAUUUGGUCUCAUUCUCAUGAUUAUCGAUACGGAAUGUCAAUUCAAUCAAAUAUCGGAAUACUCUCUGAUCAUUAUUCGACCUCUGAUCAGUUUUUCCUCGUUGAUUCUCGUCGGACUCGUUAUAUAUUAUCAUCUUCUGAAUGCUCGACUUUAUGCAGUUAACAAUCAUAUUGCUGAUUGGCGUGUUACAUUGAAAUUUCGCAGUAUUGUUAUUAUUAUUUGUGAAAUGAUCGUAUGUGCUAUUCAUCCAUUUCCUCAGAUUUUUAAAGUAACAACAGACAGUAACAAUCUAGCCUGGCUUGAUAUGAUAUUCACGCUGCCCAUGUUUUUCCGUCUUUAUUUAGUAGCGCGCAGCGUAACACAACAUUCUCCAUUAGUCGAUGCUGCGUCAUCUCGUUCAAUCGGGUAUUUAAAUCGCGUGCCCAUGACGAUUUCAUUCAUUUUACGAGCUUUCCUUCAAACAUAUCCUGGUUUAUGCUGGUCUUGUAUGAUGACGACACUCUUACUCAUAACGAGUUGGUCAUUACACGCAUGUGAACAAGGAAUGUGGUUUCCGAUUCAAACACUCUCACCGGCACCAUUAGCAUCGGUUUCAUUUGCUUCAUCAUUUGCCAACGCGACUUGGUUUACGAUUGUUACAUUUACUACAGUUGGAUAUGGUGAUAUAGUCCUUCAAACCUAUUGUGGUCGAGGCAUCGCUUUUCUAACAUCUUUCAUUGGUCUCUUUGCUUCGGCUAUCCUAGUCGCCGUUUUUAUCAAUAAGAUCUCGUUGAACCGAUCGGAACAGAUGGUCUUAGACUUCGUGAAACGUAUCAAUCAAGCACGGGAGUACCGUACGAGAGUGAUGCAAAUUAUCCAAUACUCCGUUCGCGCGUGGUUUCUUCGUCGACAUAAAUCGAAUUAUGGCGCUGCAUUUCCUUCACUUUGUCGAUUACACCGAGCUAUUCAAGCCGCCAAAUAUCUCAAACAACAACGACGAAAUGUUCUCAACGGCAAUGAUUCUUUAUUAAGUAUCUUAACCAAUGUUUAUUAUGAGCAAAAAACGAACGAGAAAUUACUUGUUAAACUAAAGCAGCAAUCAAAUUCAUUUGAUGAUCGAUUGCGAAGAUUAGAGAUCAAAUUGGAUAAUGUGCUGACUGUCCUUACGCGAAAUAACUCUAUUCCUCAACACAGUCGAUUGUAA